AUGUCCACUCAAGUCAUCUACCCAAACACUGGUGCGAGCAGCACGCCAGACCAGACAUCCAAACCUGCCCCAAAUGUUUCGUCAACAGAGACUCAGCCGCCUAAAGACCAGCUUCCGCAAGACUUGGUCAAUGCUAUGCAAGCAAUCUUCGGCAAGCACCCUGGCUACCGAACAACUCAUGCCAAAGGUCUUCUCGUGGAGGGCACUUUCACGCCAACAGAAGAGGCGAAGUCGCUUUCUACAGCUGCUCACUUCAACAAUCCUUCAACCAAGGUGAUCGCACGGUUCUCUGUGGGCGGUGGUAUUCCUAAUGUCAAGGACGUUGCCGACGGUGCUACACCCAAGGGCAUCGCCAUUCGGUUCCAGAUUGACGAGAAUACACACACCGAUCUGAUCAGUCACUCCUUCAAUGGUUUUGCCACCCGCAACGGGGAAGACUUCUUGGCCUUCCUCAAGCUCUUUGGGGCUGAUGGGUUCGCCGAGAGGGAGCUCAAGAAAGCCAAGGAUGGGGGCGGAGACUAUUCUAAAGAGCAGAAGCUUUACGAUCAGGCUCACGCUGCAUUUUUGUCCUUCCUUGGAAACCCUGAGCACAAGUCUGCUGCAGUCUUUGUGGCCUCUGAGAAGCCGAACCCCCAUAAUUACGGAACCAUCACUUAUUACGAGCCCAACACCCAUGUCCUGACCAACAAGGACGGCGACAUCACAAACGUCCGCUAUCGUCUUGAUCCAGCUGAUGGAGAGCAUCUCUACCCUAACAAGACUCCUGAAGACAAGGAGGUGCUUGCGAAGCUAGGCAACGACUACUUGGAGGAUGACCUCCGACAGCGCUUCCCAGACAAGCCAAUCGUGCUUACCAUUCAAGCGCAUAUUGCGGAUCCUGACGAUGUGCUAGACGAUGCUACCAAGCCUUACCAAAGCAAGACGUUCAUCCCCGUUGGCAAGUUGGAGAUCAACAAGGUUUCGGAUGACAAUGCUGCUAAACAACAAGAGAUCGCAUUCCAUCCCAACCCGGAGAAGGGCGGGAUUCAGGGCAUCAAGUCGUCCAACGACCCUUUGAUCCAAGCAAGAAAGGGUGUUUACUGGAUCAGUUCGGAGCAGCGAAGACAUGAGAAGCAAAUUGAGUAG